AGCUAGGGGAGCGAAUGGGAUUAGAUACCCCAGUAGUCCUAGCCGUAAACGAUGGAUACUAGGCGCUGUGCGUAUCGACCCGUGCAGUGCUGUAGCUAACGCGUUAAGUAUCCCGCCUGGGGAGUACGUUCGCAAGAAUGAAACUCAAAGGAAUUGACGGCGGCGGGCUAUUAGCUCUACCACUGAGCCGGGACGGAAACCCGGAGGGAAGCUCUCCUUUCCGCUGACUCCUCACAGCCUACCACUAAAGAGAUGCGAAACAAGAGGUAAAACGAAGAAAGUCAACUCAUUCUC